CAUCAAUAAAAAUAUAAUUACAACAAAAAGAUGAAAAAUUAUAAACAUAUAAAUUUAAAUUAAGAAAAACUAACAUUGGAAAAACAAGAAGUUAAUGUAAAAGAAAAAAAUCGACAAAUAAUAUUAUAAAUAAUAUAAAUUUAUAAGACACAAUCCGCGCGAAGCGCGAAAAAAAUCUCUAGUCCUACUAUAUAAAAGGUACUAAUUUAGAGCUCAAUUAGAAGUGCCACAUAUGAUGAAAUAUUCCCAUCCAAUCAUAUCUCCACGUCAUUACGAAUUUAACAACCCUAAUAAUAAUACUAAUAUUAAUCCUUUGGCCCAACACCAGCAUAACCCAAUAACGUUUAAACAAAUCUUUGAAAUCUGUUUUGAUAACAAGAUUGCCCUUCUUAUUUGGACUUCAUGGAUUCAAAUUUAUAAUGUGUCUUAAUAAUCAAUAAGACCAUUGAAUAUAGAUCCAGGGAUAUAGAUUAAAAAUGUUUAUGUUUGGAAUUAUAUACCGUGUAACACACAUGUAUAGCAGCCACCGACGAAGCAAACAAUUGUUUUUUAAAUGCACUAUUAUUAAAAAAAUAUGUAUGAACUUUACAAUAAAUAAUACAUAUAUGAACCGGAAAAUCUAUAAUGGGAAAAAUCACUAUUUGUUUUACUAAUUCAAGUCAAUACUAUUAAGUUAGGAACAUGUCCAGUUAAUAAAGGUUGUGUCCAACUUAAAGAAAUCUAAUUACAUUUAGAAACUACAUUUAUAUUCUAUAUAUUUUGUAACCCCUGCAAAUAUAUAUUUUUAUAUUAGUCUAAAAUAUGCCAACAAAUUUAACUCUUAUCUAAUGCAUAAAAAUAUAAAGAUGAUGUUGUGAGAUAAGAAUGUACACACAAAAUUUCAAAUAAAAGAAUUGACAAAUUAUAUAAUUUUUUAAAAAAUAUUUUAUAUAAUAACUUAAUAAUAUAAAUCAUAAUCAAAAAUACUAUUCAUAUCACAUUUUUAUUAACCGAAAAAACUCGUGCUUUCGAAGCGCAGAUCAAAAUGUAGACUAAUAUAGCUCCUAAUAUUUAUUUAAAAAUUAAAUUUCUCAAAAAAAAAAGAUUAAAGACAGCUAUCAAGUCUGUUUAAAAAAUAUAGUGGUUUGUUCUUGCACCAGAAUCUUGGUUAUGCAAUUCAAAACCUAUUAUGUUGUUUUGUUACUUUUCUCCUUAAAACAGAAAUAAAGAGUAAUGAACAAAGACAAAUUAUGAACUCUUAUUAUCGGAUUGUUUGUUUCUUUUUUUUUCUCUCGUUUCAAUUUGAUGACUAUAACUAAUUAUUUCAAUUCACACAAGACUUUCAAAUUUUAAACGUAUCACAUUAAAUAUAAAAAUCUUCAACAGAUUAUAAUACCUAAAUAUUCUUCUCGAUAGACAAUAAUAUCAGAAAGGUAAGUAGCACAUCUCCUGCCACAAUCACCGGCAGCACUAAAAGUUCAAAAAGAUCUUUUGUCUCAUCAAUACAAAUCAACAAAAUAUAGGAAUAAAUUCAGUAACAUUGCAUAUUUGAUACAAACCGGUUAACAACCUCAGCUCCACAUAACAUUCACAUCAUCUUCCACUCAUAAAUUUGCAACGAGAAGAAAGGCAGAGACAACUAUUAAGUGUAAGUUACUCAAUCAGUGGAUUUCCACAUUUCAAGAUCUCUCUCUUUCGCUGACUCAUUUUCUAAUUCUUUCUUUCGUCAAAGGGUCGUUUUCCUCAACACGAUGGUCAAAUCAAACCACAAUGAUCCUCCACCUGCUGGAGGUAAAUCAAAAUUACGACUUUACUGUACGUUUAUUGACUUCUCGAACACAUACGAACCCAAUCACCCCUCUCUGGAAUCCAAGAAAUCAUUUGUCCAAAAUCCAGACAGAACAUCUUAACUAUUAAGUGCAAAAUCAAGCGUAGAGAUAGUUUGAUUUGGUAGGUUAUACUACGAAAGUAACACAACAAAACCUUAGUAUUAAAUUCUCGAUCAAUUUAUCUGGUUUUUUAGUUCAUAAGUUUUUUUCAAGGAGCCCUUUUUGAAUAUAAUUCAUAAAAUUUCCAAUUAGUUUAUUAAUGGAAGACCUAAACACACUUUUAAAAUAUUAUUUCCAAAUUCAAAUCACCAUAAUGCUAAACAAUAUCUCAAUUACGAAGUACUUUUACAUAUUUUUUAUUUUCAACACGUUAAUUUAAUUUCCAUUACUACAGAAAACCACUAUACACAACCAAAAACAUCAACUCCCCUCUACUUUUACAUCUAUCGAUUGACUUCCAACUUCAUUUGCAUAAAAAAAUGAACAAUCAAUCUUAAAAAACUCAAUGUCAUAUAUUCAUUCUUAUAAUUACUUUAAAUCUAUUUUAACAACAACCAGAAACAGAAACAGCCACAACUAUAGUCAUACAUAAAUUUUAACUUCAUCCAAUAUCCGCGCGUAGCGCGGACACGAUCCUAGUUUAAUUUUAAAGUUUAGUAUUUUUGAGGAAAUCCAGUUUAAACCGAGCAAAAUAAAUCUAAAAGCCAGGACAUUAUUAUUUUGUCGUUUUUAGUUAUUGUAGAAUUUUGAAUUUGUUUUGUGUUUACAAGAUGAAUAAAAGUUUAACCAAAAAACUUAGUUUGUUCAUAAGAAUUCCUUAAUUAAUUAAUAAAAUCAAAACAAUCCAGAAUAAAUUAUUUUGCUUAUAAUAUAGUUCCUUAAUUAAUCACCGGUCAGAAGCAAUGCCUUUCAUAAUAAUUUAUGUACAACUAACUAUAUAUCCAUGGACUUAUUAAACUUAUUUAUUAGUAAACUUAUAUAUUAAACUUAUUCCACAUAUUCUUUACAUUGUGCCUCAUUGAGAUCAUUAUGUCACGUUGAUAAGCGAUUAGUUGCUUUUAAAUCAAAGCUUAUCCCCAUUUGAAAUAAAACAAGAUUUCUUUCUUUUAAUUAUUCAGAAGAUGAAUCCACCACAAGCAAUCUCCAUUCUCUUCUUCUUCUUCUUAGAUUAUGUCUCUGCUCAAUCUCCUCCUCCUCCUCCGUACACAACCAACGACUUCUUCAAACCGAGCUUAGUCAUAACCACCGGAGUUUUCUCCGUCGUCUUCACACUCACCUUCGUUCUCCUCGUCUACGCCAAGUGCUUCCACAACGACCUCCGAUCAGAGACCGACGAGGACCGAGAGAUAGGAAGGCUCGAGCGUCUAUGGCAAGGACUCUUCAAUCAAUCAUCUCGAUUAUCAUCAGGGCUCAACAGAACAGCAAUCGAGUCUCUUCCCUUCUUCAGAUUCUCUGCUUUGAAAGGAUCGAAACAAGGGCUUGAGUGUUCUGUCUGUUUGUCUAAAUUCGAAGACGUUGAGAUUCUUAGGCUUUUGCCUAAGUGCAAACACGCUUUUCAUAUAGAGUGUAUUGAUGAGUGGCUUGAGCAGCACGCUACGUGCCCUUUGUGUAGAAACAGAGUUUGCAUUGAAGACGAGCUCUCUGUUUUCUCUGUUUUGGGUUGUAGUAGCAAUAGUAUGAGAAUCAUGAAUCAGUUAACGGAAACAAGAGAAGAAGACUCGAACAUGGAGAUUUACAUCGAACGCGAAGAAGGAGAAGACUCUUCGAGAUUCAGCACCAGCUUCAGGAAGAUUCUAAAGUUCGGUAAAAAUGAUAAACCGUUGUCGCUUGUGGAACAAGGCAACGAGAAACGUUUGCAUAAGUUCAGACACAGGAUUGUUGUUUCGGAUGUUGUGUUUAAGAACCGUUGGAGUAAUGUGACUCCAUCUGAUUUGACUCGUUUGACAUCAGACAUGUUGAAUUCAAUGUCAAGCGAUAGAUUCUCGUCGAUGGAGAGAGUUGACUUGCGGGACAAGGAAGAGAUGGAUAUGAAGAGAAUGAUGAAGAACAAAGACUCAACGAGAAGGGUGGUUUCUGAGAUCACGGCUGUUCCUAGACUUAGUGUCCUGGAAGUUACAACAGCGGUUGGAGGAAACGACGGCGGUUUGGCCGCUUCCACCUCGAGGAGCGAUGCGAUUGCUGCUACGGAGGAAAGAAGACGACAAUUAUGGUUGCCGAUAGCUAGGAGAACGGCUCAUUGGUUCGCUAACAGAGAGAAAAUGAAUGAACUAAACACGACAAAACCUUAAUGUUUAGUUGUUUUUAAUUACUUUAUCGACAGUUUGCAAUCAAAUGAUUGAUGGUUGUGUCUUUGUGUAGAUACGUGGUGGAUUGCUUAUGAACAAAGUUUUGGCCAAUGGUCAUAUUGAAUUUGUUGGAACUUUGAGUACAACACAUACUUGUGAAAUCGCUUUUAAACGCUUUUUUUUUAAAA